UCUGUGUGUAUAUAUAUGGUAAGGGUAUCCUAAACUUUUCAUUUGUAGGAAAGAUGGUUUGUGCCCAAAUGUUAGUUUUGGUUUUGGUAGUAGAAUUAGUUUCAGUUCCAGUAAUCACUAGUCUUGGAACGAAACUAGACGCAGCUACAAAUUCUGCAUAUGGUGGAAGAAGAACACUCUCUAGUGACAAUCCAGAUUUCAUCAGCAUUGAUUGUGGGUCUGGCGAAGAUUAUGUUGAUAAUGUGAGUGGUAUAUCCUACAAGUCGGAUUUGGAGUUCACAAACUCCGGUGAGAAUCGUGAAAUACAAGGCGGAUACAUCUCUCAAGACCCACCAUAUAGGCCGCAGCUAAACAACGUGAGGAGCUUUCCACAAGGAACGAAGAACUGCUACACAUUGAACCCAAUUCAAGGCAAGAACAAUAGCUAUCUCAUCAGAGCUGUCUUCUUGUAUGGAAAUUACGAUGGGUCUAAUGUAAAUCCCAAAUUUGACCUGCAUCUGGAUGGUAAUUUUUGGGAGACUGUUCGGAUUGACGAUACGUCUACUUUUGUCUUCAAUGAAAUUAUACAUGUAGCGUCAAGAGAUGUGAUACAUGUGUGUCUUGUAAAUACUGGGUUAGGAACACCUUUCAUAUCUGCUUUGGAAUUACGUCUUUUGGAAAACUCCAUAUACAAUAUUGAAUCUGCAGGAGCACUAGCCUUGGUAGGCCGAUUCGAUAUUGGCACCCAAGGAAGUACUUAUGUCAGGCACGAGGAUGACCCUUAUGAUCGCCUCUGGAGGCUUGACGACUUUUCUACUGGGAUUCCAAUUACUACCACAUCAAAUAUUACAGCAUUCAGCAGUACUGUUUACAAAUUAUCGGCACAAGUGUUGAGAACAGCUGUCAUACCCUCAAAAAACCAUACGCAGUUGAUUUAUUAUUGGAACCUCAAUACCAAGAGGGAAUAUUACGUCUGCUUGCACUUCAUGGAAUUUGAGGAGGUCGCUAAAGCUCAGCCAAGACAAAUCACUAUCACGUUGAACAGCAUCAACGAUGUUUACCCCAUCACUCUAUAUUACUUAAAGCCGCAGUCUCUGUGUCCCCAAACUACGCUUAAAGGAAAUGCCAACUUCACAAUUUCUAAGACAACGGACUCUGAUCGUCCUCCCAUCCUCAAUGCCUAUGAGGUUUACCAUGCACUUCUGCUCCAGCAUUCACCAACAAAUCAAGACGACUUUGAUGCCAUCGUUGCCGUCAAACAAACAUACAAGAUAACUAGAGAUGACUGGCAAGGAGACCCAUGUGUCCCGCCCAAUUUCUUAUGGAGUGGUUUGAAUUGUAGCUACGACGUUACUCCAAGAAUUAUCUCAUUGAACUUGAGCUCAAACAAACUAAAUGGGAACAUAACUUUUUCAUUUGCCAACCUGACAGCAUUGCAAUUCCUGGAUUUGUCCUACAAUAAUUUUACUGGGUCAACACCAGAAAUUUUAGCAUCGUUGCCGAAUUUGCAAAUCCUUAAUUUGGCUGGCAACAAUCUAAAUGGGCCAGUUCCGAGAGGUCUUGUGGAAAAAUCUGAGCAUGGGUCACUGCAGUUGAGUCUACCAGAAAGUCUACAACUAGGCCAGACAGAUUCAGAUAAAGGAAAUAGCAACUUUAUUAUUCCAAUUGUCAUAUCUAUAGUUGCACUCCUGCUCUUGAUUUCUAUAAUCACAUUUUGGAGGAUUAAAAGGCAACGAGGGCAAGGGACAGUUACCAGAUCAAAGCAAGAAGAUGCAUUAAAAUCAAAGAAUCGGCAGUUUACUUACUCUGAUGUUGUUCGCAUUACUGCGAACUUUAGCACAGUCAUUGGUGAAGGAGGUUAUGGAAAAGUCUAUCUUGGCACCAUGAGAGAUGGCAGUCAAGUUGCUGUUAAGGUGUUAUCUUCAUCAUCAAACCAAGGGUAUAAAGAAUUUCAAGCAGAGGUGCAACACUUGAUGCUUGUUUAUCACAGAAACUUAGUUUCUCUUGUUGGGUAUAGUGAUGACCGGAGAAACAGGGCAUUGGUUUAUGAAUACUUGUCCAAUGGAAACUUGCAACAGCAUUUGUCAGUAUCUAAUAUAGAUGUUCUGAGUUGGAAUAUGAGGCUUCAAAUUGCUAUUGAUGCUGCAAAUGGGUUGGAAUAUCUUCAUAACGGUUGCAAACCACCUAUUAUCCAUAGAGAUUUAAAAACUUCCAAUAUCUUACUGAAUGAAAGUAUGCAAGCCAAGAUUGCUGAUUUUGGGUUGUCCAGAUCUUUCGCAACUGAAAAUGACUCUCAUGUUACAACUCGUCCUGCCGGCACACCUGGAUACCUCGAUCCUGAGUAUCAAUCUACUGGAAACUUCAACAAGAAAAGUGAUGUUUACAGCUUUGGAAUUAUUCUUUUAGAGCUAAUCACUGGGCAGCCUGUAAUCUCUAGAAGCCAUGAGAGUAGCAAGCAUGUGCUUCAAUGGGUUAAUCCUUUGAUCGAAAGAGGGGAUAUCCAGGGCAUUGUUGAUGGGAGGUUGCAAGGCGAAUUCAACACCAACGUUGCUUGGAAAGCAUUGGAGAUAGCCAUGUCGUGCGUACCACCAGCUGCAAUCCAAAGGCCAAACAUGAGUCAUGUAUUGGCAGAUCUGAAGGAAUGUUUGGCUGUAGAGAUGGCAUCUGGAACAAAAUGGAAAACAGAUAACAGCAUGAAAAGGUCAAAUAAUUCAUUUGAAAUGACCUCUCUGGCACUUGAUACAGAAAUGGUUCCAAGUGCUAGGUAGUUGUUAAGGAAUGACUAUACAUGAUAGUUCAACUAGUUUUAAGUUUUAAGUUUACUCUGAUUCGGUCAAGAAAUCCUUUUUAUAGUUCUGGAUUUUAGUUGUCCAUGGGUUUUCAUCUUAUACUUGGCACCUCUUAUAUGUGUG